AUGGAUUAUAGAAAAUUGAACAAUGCCACUCGCAAGGACCACUUUUUCCUCCCCUUUAUUGACCAAAUGCUUGAUAGAUUAGCUGGCCAGGAAUACUACUAUUUCUUAGAUAGUUAUUCGGGGUAUAAUCAGAUUGCUAUAGCCCCAUAUGACCAAGAUAAAACCACAUUUACGUGUCUUUAUGGUACGUAUACGUUCAAGAGAAUGUCAUUUGGUCUCAGUAAUGCACCUGCGACUUUUCAAAGGCUUCGUGAGAAAGAUGUCCCUUUCAAGUUUGAUGAUGCCUGUCUGAAAGCAUUUGAGGAGUUGAAGGGAAGGUUAGUGACUGCACCAAUUAUCAUUGCUCCGAAUUGGGAGUAG